UUUGAAUUAAAAAUUAUCACAACUAAUUCAUAAUUAAUACACUUGAAAUGAUAAUUGAUGUCCAAACCACUGGUUAUACCCUAUAUAUAUACAUAUAUAUAUGUCAACCGUACAAAGCACACAUCGGUAGAGAGAGAGAGAGAGGCUUAUUAAGUGAUGGACGAGUUGAAACCGAGAUCUGCUAACUCAUGCCCCCUCACCCCUCUAACAUUCCUACAACGCGCCGCCCUCGUAUACGGCGACUGCCCUUCCCUGGUCUACAACGCCACCACCUACACCUGGUCCCAAACCCACUCCCGAUGCCUCCGCGCCGCCUCCGCCAUCGCCUCCUUGGGCUUGGGCCGGGGUGCCGUGGUGUCGGUGGUGGCGCCCAACAUCCCCGCCAUGUACGAGCUCCAAUUCGCCGUGCCCAUGGCCGGCUGCAUCCUCAACAACAUCAACACCCGCCUCGACGCCCGCUCUAUCUCCGUCAUCCUCCGCCACUCCGAAUCUAAGGCCGUCUUCGUCGACUCCCACCUCCGCUCCCUCCUACUCCAAUCCACAUCUCUGCUCCCGCCCGCUGCUCCCCGCCCCAUCCUCAUCCUCAUCACCGAUAUUGACGAUCCUCGUGAUCACAAUCAAUUUCUCGAUUACGAAGAGAUGUUGCAGAGCGGCAGUGCCAACUUCGAAUGGGUGACUCCGGCAAGCGAGUGGGACCCGAUGACGCUCAACUACACCUCCGGCACUACUUCUUCUCCCAAAGGCGUAGUCCACAGCCAUAGAUCCAUUUUCAUAAUCACAUCCGAUUCCUUGAUCAAUUGGUCCGUUCCCAAGCAGCCCGUCUACCUCUGGACGCUGCCCAUGUUUCACUCCAACGGCUGGAGCUACACCUGGGGCAUGGCGGCCGUCGGCGGAAUCAAUAUUUGCCUCCGCCGAUUCGACGCCGCCGCGGUCUACGACGCAAUUAACAAGCACAGCGUCACGCAUAUGUGCGGCGCACCCGUGGUUCUAACAAUGCUGGCCAACUACCCGCGCGCGCGGCCGCUGAAAUCACCCGUGGAGAUAAUGACGGGCGGGGCGCCGCCGCCGGCGGAGGUGGUGCUCCGCACGGAGGCGCUAGGGUUUGUGGUGAGCCAUGGGUACGGGAUGACGGAGGUGGCGGGGGUGAUAUUGUCAUGCGCGUGGAAACCGAAAUGGAGUAUGCUCCCGGCGGCAGAAAGGGCGAGAUUGAAGGCGCGGCAAGGGGUGAGGACGCUGGGGCUGACGGCGGUGGACGUGGUGGAGGCGGAGAGUGGAGAGAGUGUGAAGAGAGAUGGAGUAAGCCUGGGAGAGAUUGUGGUGAGAGGCGGCAGCUUGAUGCUCGGGUAUCUCAAGGAUCCGGCGGCCACGGCCAAAUGCAUGAGGGAAGACGGGUGGCUCUACACGGGCGACGUCGCCGUCAUGCACCCGGACGGCUACUUGGAAAUAAAGGACAGGUCCAAGGACAUAAUCAUCAGCGGCGGCGAGAAUGUAAGCAGCGUGGAGGUGGAGUCGGUGCUCUACUCCAACCCGCUCGUCAAUGAGGCGGCGGUGGUGGCGCGCCCCGAUGAGUACUGGGGGGAGACGCCCUGCGCCUUCUUGAGCUUGAAGGAAGGGGUCAGCCCCAAGCCCCCCGAGCGUCAGAUGAUCGACUUCUGCCGGGAGAGGCUGCCGCAUUACAUGGUGCCUAAGACGGUGGUUUUCAUGGCGGAGCUGCCCAAGACCGCCACCGGAAAAGUGCAGAAGUAUGCUCUCAGGAAUAUCGCUAAUAAAAUGGGGACGCUGGCGGCGGCGAGCCGGAUGUAGGAUAUUGUUAAGAUAAGCCAACAGAUCUAGAGAGAAGAAUUUGUUGUGAAAUUUCUGUUUUCGAAAUUGAGAAUGAAAAUGCAUACUCCCUCCGUCCCCGACGA